AUGGAAGAAAGAAAAGAAGCUUGUGAAGCGUGCGAAGCCAAACAAGAGCAUAUUCAGGCACUGCAGGAUGCAUUAGGAGAAAUUGUGGACCAGAAUGAAGCUUUUAGGCUGAGAGUUGUGGAAUUGGAAGCAUGGGUAAAUAAAGCAAAUGAUAAAUUGGAAAAUAGAGAAAAGCGGGUUGAUUCGUUGAGAGAGGAAAUUAAGCAAGCAAUAGAAAAAAAGGAAGAAGGGAAUAAAAGUGAAAAUCGUGAAUUUUAA